GCAACGGAAAGGGGCGGGGUGCCUUUCCGAGCUUGGACCUCGUGCCCCAGGCUGCGUAGGUGGACGGCGGAUCCUGACACGAGCGCAGGCGGUGCGGGAGAUGGCCGAUUCUGAUCCUGGAGAAAGAAACUAUGACAACAUGCUGAAAAUGCUGUCAGACCUGAAUAAAGACUUGGAAAAGCUACUAGAAGAGAUGGAGAAAAUCUCAGUGCAAGCCACAUGGAUGGCCUACGACAUGGUGGUGAUGCGCACCAACCCCACACUGGCGGAGUCCAUGCACAGGCUGGAGGAUGCCUUCCUCAACUGCAAGGAGGAGAUGGAGAAGAACUGGCAAGGGCUGCUCACUGAGACCAAGCACAAACAGUAGGCCCCCUGCCCACCCACGGCCACCGUGCUUCUGCCUGCCAGUGUGGAGAAGCCCCGGGGGCACAGAGCCCUCUCUGCUUGGCAGAGUAACAGCAACCGUAAUAUAUAGCUGUAUGGACUGUACUUGUUUUUCAAUAAACUUAUUUUUAAGAGCAA